GGAACUUGGCAGCUUUUAUAAAAUGAAAAAUGAGAAUGUUCCAAUUCUAACUGUUUCCUCCCUUAGAAACUUUGUAGUUGUUAAAAAAAAUAUUAAAAGAAGUGUAUAUUUUUACUAAUUUAUUGCUAUCAAAAUAAACAUGAAUUUAAAUAAUUUAAAAUUGCAUCACAAAUUGGUGCCGGAUAAUUAUUUAAAAUUAGCCUUAGAGGCUCAAAGAUGUAAAGAAAUACAAAUAAAAGAGCUGCUGGAAAAGCGUAAAUUGCCUGAUGUGGGCUGGACGGAGGAACUAAUAGAAUAUGUUAUUCAGCAAUUGGCUGCGCUCGAUAACAAUAAUUUUGAGCAUAAAAUUGGUUUGGGUGAAAGGGAGGCUCGCAUGGCAAGCAAAUUAGUAAUUAACAGAAAUUAUGGCUUUGGACACGGCAUUGGGCGUUCAGGUGACUUAUUAGACGCUCAACCGAAAGCAGUAGGUUCAACUAUCGUGGCACAAUUAAGCAACGCUCUCGUACUAGAUGUAAUUCGCCUGCAAGGUAUUAAGUCAGUUAAAUCGUAUUUUAUAGCACCAAUGGCUACCGGUAUGACUUUAACGUUAUGUUUAUUAAGCUUAAAAAAGCGUAGGCCCCCGGCUAAGUACGUCCUAUGGUCCAGGAUUGAUCAAAAAUCAUGCUUUAAAAGCAUUACCACUGCCGGUUUAACACCUAUUAUAAUAGACACGGUUAAAAGAGAAGAACAAGAUGGUUUAUUCACUGAUCUUGGAAAAUUUGAAGAGAAUCUCUCAUGCAUAGAUCGUGAAGAAAUAUUAUGUAUAAUGUCAACAACAAGUUGCUUCGGCCCUCGUAACUGUGAUGGUAUCAUUAGCUUAGCCGGUUUAGCUGCCAAAUUUGACGUACCGCAUGUAGUGAAUAACGCUUAUGGUCUUCAGAGCACCUACUUGACCCAUCAGCUUAAACAGGCAAAUAGCGCGGGACGGGUGGAUCUUUUUGUGCAAAGUACAGAUAAAAAUUUUAUGGUACCUGUAGGAGGAGCAAUUGUUGCGGGAUUUGAAGAGUCGUCAGUCCACACUGUAGCAAAAGCCUAUGCAGGUCGAGCUUCUUCUUCUCAAUCACUGGACGUCCUUAUAACACUAUUAUGCUUGGGUAAAAUUGGCUAUCAAGAUCUAGUUAGUCAGCGUAAAUUAAAUUUCGUAUAUUUGCAAAAGCAAUUAGAAGAAUUUGCAGAGAAACAUCAUUGCCGCGUAAUAAGAGCCAAAGCUAACCCAAUCUCGUUGGCUUUAGAAUUAAAGACACUAUCUACUGAUGUGGCUACAAAAUUGGGCUCUAUGCUUUUCACACGCGGUGUUUCCGGAACCCGAGUAAUAAUAAAAGGUUGCAAUAAAACUAUAGAUGGGUUUGAAUUCGCCGAUUGGGGAUCUCAUGAAAGCAGUCUUGAUUGCGCAUAUUUGACUGCUGCUGUUUCCAUUGGUUUGAAACGGCCGGAAAUUGAUGCAUUUAUUCACAAGCUACAACAAUGUUGGCAAGAUCUAGAGAAAAAAAUAAAUAAAGACACCUGAUCAUAAUUUUAUUACCGUUGAUGGUCUUCGUUCCACCUUUGUUGACUUCGUAGAACAUGCUAUUUAUAAUUUGCCAUCGAGUCUAUUUUCCGUUAUUUCUUAUAAACAAUCGCUGACCGAAGCCACGCGUUCUUGCUACGAGCACUUCUUUUUUCAUAGACUAUUGCUAAGGAGAAAAUACAAACCAGUCGUGGUCGUAACUGGUUACAUUCCGUACGUUGAUACAGUAGAAGUCGAACCCAGCAAGUCAGGUGUAGUACCCUACGCAAAUAUAUGUUGAUGAAGGGUAGUCUAGUGUUGGCUAGUCGUGAUUGUAUGGUUGAUCUGAAGGCAAGAGUGACUAUGCCGCGUAAAGUAAGGCUAAAGGUUUUAGGCUCCUAGCUUAUGGGGAUUGUCUAACUCUCUGGAACGCGCCGGUUACGCAAAAUUUAUCCGUGUGUCAUCGGGUACCGUAGGUGAAACGUUCAUGGUAGUGUACCCAUGUUAAAUCUUAAGAGAAAUCUGUUCGUAUAGCUAUACUACACACACUGUUAUAAGUAUGAAACCACAUUGUUUGGCCUGCUCGUGAAACGUGGUCUGUUGUGCUUGGGAGCAAUGGUAGCACCGAUACCCCGAGAGAGGAGGUAAAGAAGAUAGUUGGAGCAGGUGGGUCCGCCGUUGGGCAUGCAGGUCCUCGACAUUAAGCCGAUCAGCUCGUGUAGCGCUGUUGAGUGCGCACCGUCCGUGGCCGAAAGGGAGAAAAUCGUGGCCAACACAAAGUUCGUGGAAGUUGGGCUCAAAAUGUCUCAUCAAGGCAAGCUGGGCUUGAAAAAAGUCCACUUAGUCUCUAAACCGUGGAUGGGAGCCGAUAAAGACGUAGUUAUUUAGGGAACCAAGGAGACUAUGAAGACUCUUUUGAACUCGGGCAGAAUAUACGCUAACUGGAUAUUAUUCAGAGUACGUCCUUUCGACGAGGUUACCAGUUGUUGCCGCUGCUUAAGUUUCGACCACUGAGUUAAAGACACAUUUCAUUAGAGAAUGUAUGAUCGAAGAAAAUUGUAACGAUGCUACUUAAGGGUAACUUAUCGUCCGGUGAUUAGAGAGAGUGAGGCUAGAAACAGGUACCAGGCUGCGGUUGAGUUCUUAGGAAACAGCAUGAAUGACAGAGGCAAGUUUACCCGUCAUUUCGAAAAAAUGAAAAGUAAAAAAAAGAAAGGCGUAGGAUAGGUUAGUCGUGCCCUAAGGUAUGAGUAGGGUCUAACAAAGCGUGCCACUCGGAUUUUAUACAGUGGCUUAUUUGUUGCUUAUGCGACUGGGGCGCCAGUGUAAUAUCGAGAUGCUACGACUGUCGUUGGACAAACAAAGAUUUUGAGUUGUCAUCUUAUUGGCGUGUCUGCCGGUUUAUAAAACAGCAAUUCAAUCCGAUUUGGAAUGAAGAUAUGGGAUCAAUUAUGAACUCGUCCUCGAGUUUUCCUUUCAAGCAAUGCUCGAACACUUUCCCAAUGUUUGACAAUAAGACAAUAAGAAUUCUACUGAGGUGAUGCUGUUUGGUUUCUUUCUAAUUUGAAUAAUCUUAGCAGGUUUCCAGAUGUAUGGGAAGUAUACAUUGUCAAUGCAAUUGUAAUGAAUACUGAGGUGACGAAUGCUAUAGUUGCAUUCGGGAUUGUUUUCAUUACAAAAUUCGAAAUCCCGUCAGUCCCACUUGACUUUUUCCUGUUUACGUUUUUGAUAAUUAGUCUCACCCUUCCGACGUCUGUGAAAUGAUAUUUAUUCGGGUUAUUUAAGGCGUUAAAGUCAUUAAAUGU